UACCUGAUCAGGCAUAGACUCGGAGGCCUCGGUAUUCUCCGACCGUAAACUAUACCGGGACAGGCUAGUGCCCCUACGACUUAAUCUAUGGCAGCCAAUCAGGCUUUAGAGUGCACAUAUUGAGUUCGCUGGGACCUGCCUGAUCGGAGACAGAUGUUUGGAACCCAUGGCUAGCUAGUUCUUUGGGCGAAUACUGCAGGCUGUCGUGAAUCAGAGCAAUUUCGCUUCUAUAUUAGGGGUCCUCGCCCCAUUAUUAAUCUCGCUCUCUCUUUUUCCAGCCAUCCUGUCAUUCGUUUUAACCAGUGUUCUUCGCCUCUGUCGCUCAUUCGUCUACAUUCUUUUCAACUACAAUAACAAUACACCAUGCGUUUCCAAUCUCUUACCAUUCUGGCGAGUGUCGCUGCUGUCGCCGCCGAGAGCACUGUUACUCUCUUCUUGCCCGGCUUUUAUGAUGGCUCCUAUGUGGCCAGUAUCGCUAGCACCGAGGGUCCCAUGACCGCUUAUGCCUUAUCUUGCCCUGCUGGAGCUGACUCCAAUGACUGUGGUCUUCCACCAGACGGACUCACCGUCCUCCAGGGAUCCACGUCGAUGGCUUUCUCGGCCACUUAUGAAAAUGAAUAUAUCUCCGAGGGAUGCAAAUUUGAGGGCACCAGCCUAGCUACCUGCGUCGCAUUGCAGAGCGGUUCUUUCACCAGCGUAGCUACCACCAUCACCAUCAACCCCACCAUGCUCGGCAAUGGUGGUGGCUUCUUGCCCGUGGUCGUCACUGCGACCAACACCGCUGCUCUCUCUGCUUCAACUGGAGCAUCUCCAUCAGCUACUACGGCCACUGAGACCGGCGUGUCCACUACCGCUACUUCGUUUGUUGUGUCGUCUACCCCGACGGAUAGCGCAUCUACCACUUUGUCCACCGCUACUUCCUCCUCGUCCCCGCAAACAACUGGCGCCGAUGCGGAGCAAUCACCAACCCCGACUAGCAACCUUGCAUUGCCUCAGGUUACAGGAAAUGCGCGCUGGGCGGCUGGGGCUGCGAUUGCGGCUGCUUUGGUCGCUUUUUAACCAUGAGAGUUUGACUACCAUAUAUUCUAUUUGUUGGAUUUAAGCGAUCAUACCCCCUAGUUCUAUUGGAUACGCUAAUAUAUAAUCACUCUC